AUGUUGGUGUUGAUUUUUCCGUUUGAUAACUCGAGCUAUGACCAAGUGCGGGCCGCACAGCGCGAUAUCUUCCAGCUCACAUACCGCCGUCCACUUUGGCUGUCACUCUGGUUCGUGCUGAUGCACUUGCGCGCCGGGACAGUUCCACCUGCAGGCUGA